AGUACAACCUACCCCACCCCAAAUCCCCAAAUCAUUUCCUCAAUUACCCUUCUUAAAACCCUAAACAUCUCCUCCUAAUUUCCGAUCAAUCCGAUGCUCGAUCAUUUCCUCCAUGCAACCAAUGGAUUCCGAUCAUCAACCCCAACCCCAACCCCAACCCCAACACACACUCACUAAUCAUCCCACCCGUCACUUUUUCUACGACAACAACAAUUUCACCAUCGCCGAUGACGACAGCUCCGACCCAGAUGACAUCUCCGACGACUACAACGUUCUGAUCAACCGUAUCAACCCUUCAACCCAAAAAACCUACACUGUAUUAACAGAAAACGACCUGAUCAACCUGCAACAACAAGACAUCACUAAAGUAGCCACUGUUUUAUCCAUACCCAAAGAAUCUGCGUGCAUGCUGUUAAUCUCUUACAAUUGGAGUGUUAAUAAUGUUUAUGAAGCUUGGUUUCAGGAUGAGAAUAAAACCCGAAAGCGUAUCGGGUGGUUAUAUGAUCCGGUUGAUGAUCCGGGUGUUGAGUUUCGUAAACCAGAUGAAAGAGUUGUUGUUGAUUGUGGGAUUUGUUUCGAGUCGUUUCGGGUGAGUGAAACGGCGUCGUGUGGGUGUGAUCAUAGGUUUUGUAAGGUGUGUUGGAAGGGGUAUAUAGGUAUGGCGGUUCAGGAUGGGCCGGGGUGUUUGAGUUUGAGGUGUCCGAAGCCGGGUUGUGAGGCUGCGGUUGGGCCGGGUAUGGUUAACGAGUUGGUUGAUGAGAAGGAAAGGAAACGAUACGAGGGUUAUGUGUUGAGGACAUAUGUUGAGAGUAGUAAGAAGAUGAAAUGGUGCCCGGGGCCUGGGUGCGAGUGUGCGGUUUUGUUCGAGGAUGAUUUUGAGACGGGUGGGUAUGAUGUGGUUUGUGUUUGUAAGCAUGGGUUUUGUUGGAAGUGUUUGGAGGAUGCGCAUCGUCCGUUGGUUUGUGAGACGGUGGAGAAAUGGGUGUUGAAGAACACCUCCGAGGCGGAGAAUACGAAUUGGAUAUUUGCGUAUACGAAGCCUUGUCCGAAGUGUAAGCGAGCGAUUGAGAAGAAUAAUGGGUGUAUGCAUAUGACUUGCGGCCCGCCUUGUGGAUAUCAGUUUUGUUGGUUAUGUCUUGGCCCGUAUUUCGGACAUGAUGGCGUAGCUUGUAACGGGUUUAGUAAAAAAAGUGAAGUUGAAAAACAAAAGGUGGUGACGAAGAAAGCGAUUGAGAGGUACACGCAUUACUAUGAACGAUGGGCUGCGAAUGAGAGGUCGAGGAAACAGGCCCUUUUAAGCUUGGAGAAGAUUGAAAGUGUGUAUCUCAAAAAACUUUGUUCGACUUACUGUCAACCAGAGAUGCAGCUGCGGUUUAUUAUCGAUGCUUGGCUGCAGAUAGUUGAAUGCAGGCGUGUGCUGAAAUGGACAUACGCGUAUGGAUAUUACAUACCCAAAAUAGAACAUGCGAAAAGAUUGUUUUUUGAGUAUGUGCAGGGUGAAGCAGAAGUCGGCUUAGAACGGCUUCAUGGUUGUGCAGAGAAGGAAUUGCGAACUUACAUUGUAAAUGGAGAAGCCACUGAGGAAGAGUUCAAUAGUUUUAGGGUGAAGUUAACUGAUUUGACUAGUGUGACUCGGUCCUAUUUCGAGAAUUUGGUUAGGGCACUAGAGAAUGGUUUGUCAGAGGUUGAUUCUCAUGAGGCUUGCACCAAGACCAGAACUAGCUCGAAGCAGGGUGUGGCGGUUGGCUCUACUAGCAAGGCUAGAGGGCGAAGGAGAUCUGGUCAGGGUGGUGAAUCAUCAAACCGAGCGUCUGAUCAUGCAAAGAGAUUGAGGAUGAUGAUGAUGAUGAGGCUUGGCAUGGAUGAAGCACAGAGAAAUGAGAACCCGACGGCUGGUGAGUCAUCGAGCCGUGAUAAGUUGGGUGAUUAAGAAAGAUGAAGGUGUUUGUUUUGGUUAUGUUGUGAACAUGAAUGGUUUGCAGGGUAUUUGGUACAGUUCUUUUGAAACUGCAUAGUUUAAGUUAAGUUGUGACCUUUUCUUUUGUGGACAAUCUGAUUGCUCCUUUUAUAUUUCUUUUGUCUUAUAUUUAGGCAAAAAUUUUAGAAAAAAUCAACACAUGUAAGUUGAGUCUUAGGCGGUGACCGGUUCGGAGGAGAUGGAAUGUGUCAAAGGAAUUAUAAUUAAUUUUAAUAGAAGUUUGUAGUGUGUUUAGUUUGUAA